AAAAAAAACAAACAUGGCUGAACCUAUCUUUGUUGACCUUAGUGAGACAAAACCCACUGAAAUCGAGAGUUUAUGUAUGAAGUGCCAAGAAAAUGGUACUACACGUAUUCUUCUCUCUAAAAUCCCUCACUUCAAGGAAAUCAUUAUCAUGGCCUUUGAAUGUCCCCACUGUGGUUUCCGUAACAACGAACUUCAAAGUGCAGGCACUUUUAACGAAAGAGGCCAUGCUAUUACAUUGUCUAUCAAGGGUAAAGAAGACAUGAACCGUCAAUUAGUCAAGUCCGAUUAUUGUUCCGUUAAAUUUGAAGAAUUGGAUAUGGAAAUUCCUGCUAACAAUAACCGCGGUCUUCUUACAACGGUAGAAGGCUUGAUUGACAAUGCUAUUGAUGAUUUAUCAGCUGGCCAACCCAUUCGAAGAGCCACAGAUGAAGCAGUCUACAACAAGAUUGAAGAAAUCAUUGCCACCAUGAACAGUUACAAAGAAGGCGUCCCUUUCACACUGACUCUGGACGAUCCUUCUGGCAACUCUUAUGUCGAAAACAAAUGUCUUCCUCAACACGAUCCUCAAAUCAAGUUGAGAUGGUACACUCGUACGCCUGAACAACAAGCUUUCCUCGGUCUUCAAGUGGGUCAUGAUCAAACACCUGCUGAACAAGCUGCUGAACAAGCACUUAAGCGUGUGGGUACAGCUUCUGAAAUGGUCAAUGAAAAGACAGGUCUCCCUGAAGUCAUGUCUUUCCCUGCCAAUUGUCCUAGCUGUAGUUCUCCCUGUGCCACCAACAUGCAUGUGAUGGAGAUCCCUCACUUCAAAGAAGUCGUCAUCAUGGCUACUAACUGUGACGAAUGUGGCUACAAGAGCAACGAAGUCAAGGCAGGUGGCUCUAUCUCUGAAAAGGGCAAGCGUAUCACACUUAACAUUACUGAUGCCGAAGAUCUGUCAAGAGAUAUUCUCAAGUCUGAAACAUGUGGUUUGACUAUUCCUGAAAUCAACCUUGAAUUAACACAAGGUACGCUUGGUGGUCGUUUCACUACUGUAGAAGGUUUGCUUAGACAAGUACACACUGAACUUCGUGAGCGUGCUUCCUUUAUUGAAGGUGAUUCUGGUACUGAUCCUGAAAAGAUCAAGUGGUCUACCUUUUUGCAAAAUUUGACAGAUGUUGCUGACGGCAAGCGUUUCCCAGUGACUCUUAUCAUUGAUGAUCCUCUUUCUAACUCAUACCUUCAAAACCUCUAUGCUCCAGACCCAGACCCAGAAAUGGUCAUUGAAGAAUACGAGCGUAGUUGGGAAACAAAUGAAGAUUUGGGUUUGAAUGACAUGAAGUUGGAUAACUAUGAAGAAGAUGCCAAGAAUGUCCAUGCAAACACUGAAGAAGAGAGUGCCUGACUAGAUCCUAAACGUAGAAAACUAAACUAAGUUUCCUAUUUAUAUAUAUCUUUUUUUUUCUGAGAAUACAUGUAAUAUAUAUUCUUGUUCCUGUCAUAAUAAAUUUCAUUUUCACUUUUUAUUGUGAGAUAUAUUUUCUGAACAAAAAAAAA